CAGUGCUCCCACAAAGGCAGGGAGGCAGACUGCUAGUUAGUAAACAACACAGACAUAAAUAAAAUAAAUGGGUAUAUGUUUUGUGAGGAAGGAAAUGUGCUCAACAUGGGGACGCACACAAUGAGUUUGGGCAAUGACACAAAAUGUAAACAGAACUUUGUGUUUCGGUUCGGUUCACAAACUGGAUUCAUAAAAUAACUUUUUUUUCCGGGGAACACGUGAACGCAGCAGCCACUGCACGGCUGCAGGGGAUGGUUGCAGACGCAGUUUGGUUCAAUGUGCUCGAACAAACAAUGUGUGGGAAGAGGGAAGCUGACUGAAUCUGCUCUUUAGAGAGAGAGAGAGAGAGAGACUGAUCAUGGCCAGUCGGUGGCGAGACGGUCCUCGCAGCCAUCCGGGAAACCCCGCCGGUGGCCUGAACACGGCGCAAAUGCCCCGCCAGCAAGAAGCGUCCGGAGACACCGGGGACGCGGUGGAGUCGCCGCGGGAGCUGCCGCGAUGGAUGCGGCUGUACUUCUACGGGAUGCACGGCGUGACUCUGGACGUCCUGCUCUCGUCCGUGCACGGGGCUUUAAAUCACCCCGACCCCAAACUGGUGGGGUUCUCCUCCCCGUAUCUGUGCAUGAUGCAUUCACUGACCCACUUUGCGCUGGAGCAGAUUUACUCACAGAAGAGGUGUUUCCGAGGUCGGCCUGUGGUGUUUCAUCUGGUUUUCUACCCGUCUGUCUACAUCGGUCUGCAGAUCCUGAUCGGGAACAUUCACACGUUGACGGAGCAGGUGCGGGUGGUGUCGUGCACGCAGUUGGCGGUGCACUACAUGCUGGCUCUCUAUUUUGCCCUGGUGUUUCACAGAGGGCUGUCGAGGCUGCAGUAUCAGCCCUCCUGCCCCCCGGCCAGCGCUCCUACCCGGGGCCCCGUGCACGGUCUCCCCGGCCCGGUGCGCUUCUUGUUCUUCGGGAUGCAGGGCCUCCUGGACGAGGUGAUCUUCACCGCCGUCUUCAACCUGGUGGAGAAGAGUGACCGGACCCUGAGCGGCCACACGUCCCUGUGGUCCUUCCUGAUGUACGGGAGCUGCAGCUUCGUGGUGGAGAAGCUCUACCUCCACCUGCACUUCAGCAGAGGCUGGGGGGUGUGGAGGCGGCUCCCCAUCUACAUCUGCUUCAUCUACACCUGGGAGCUCUGCUGGGGUCUGGUGCUGAGGCAGUUUGGCGCCUGCUCCUGGGACUACUCUCAUUAUCCGCACAACUUCAUGGGACUCAUCACCCUCCUCUACCUGCCCGGCUGGGUCUGCCUCAGCCUGUACCAGGACGUGCUGUCUAAUGUCCUGCUGAGAAUCAAGUGCACCAAAGAUGUUAAUGGGUUGAGUGGGGAGAAUGGGGAGGUCAAUGGACAGGUGGAGUCAAAGGAAAAAGGAAUUUAGUUUAUAUUUUGAUGUUUGUUUUUUUGUAACUUCUAGGGAAAGUCUGGUUUUACAGCAGACUGAAGAAACAAAUGGGCAUUGUUUUAUUCCAAAUAAUAAAUGAGUCAGAUCCAACUGGUUUAAAAAGGGGAAAAUACAUACAUUUUGAUAUUAAUAAAGAAGUUUCAAAGUAUUUAAGAUACUUUGACUCUUCGGAAAGCUGGUCAGCAAUGUGUUGCCAUGACAGCAGGUGUUGAAUUUGGGAUUAAACAUUUUUUUAAGAGUGGUUUUACUUCGGAGUCUAGACACUUAUUACCAGUCUGCAGAUUAGACAGUUGUUAACUCUGCAAUGCCUAAUAGUUCUGGGUCCAGUAAUAAAGAUGAAACAACUGAGGACCAUGAUACUCAUAACCUGUUUAAGUGCAGAUAACCUACUGCCAUUUUAUCUCUGAUGUAAAAUAUAGUUUUAAUAUGAAUAUUUUUCAAGUCUAUGUGACUUUGGAAUUGUGGAAAUUCCGUUUUUUUAAUGAUUGCACUGGCAGACCUACAUCUUCUACAUGACAUGCAUUGUGGCAGGUCUAGUUUGAGUUGGAUCGAUUUUGUCAUUUACAUAACCAUUGGCAUGCUUUAACUGUAGCUCAUGUCUGCAUGCUUUAAAUAAAAUAACAUAUGGAAGGUUUAUGGAUUUGAUAUGAUGAUAUUCAAAGCCAGUAUUUUCACAACAAAGAAAUGAAUGUUAAUUAAUGUUCAUUUAUAUUUGAAACAAACUCCCUAUUUUCGCCCAUCUUGUUAAUAUGACCCUCGACUAUUGCAUGACAAUUAUUUGCAUGAAAACUAUUAGAGUAGAGAUAAACCCGGUAAUAAAUGUAGCAAGAAAACCUGUAGCUGAAUGGAAACGAGGAGCAGAGGGAGAUUUUACUGUGAAUCGUUUAUGAACCAAGCAUAUACUUUGCUGGAGUGCCUUCCUUUGCAAAUGCAGACUCAACAGGCCGACUGAAAAAACAGGCCUGCUGUCCAUGGGGCUCCUCUUGUUAGAUUAAAAGCACAGCAGGGAUUUGUAAAUUAUUAUCAAAACAUAUUUUAUCCUUCAGCAUUAAUGACGGUCUCAGUCAGAGAGGUUGCGUUUGUUCCAUUAUCAGAAUAACUGGUUCCACCAAAAUGAUGCACAUUUCAUUUCAGCUGAUCAAAUUAACACAUUUCUGUAUCCAACGCAACAAAAACACAUUCAAUAUAAGUUUAUAAAUCAGCUUAACUUGAAGAGAAUUUAGUACAGACAUUUUUAAAUCCAAAAUUAAUGUUUUGUACUUAAAUAUUCCAUAAAUAAACUCCAGCUGUGUAUACACCAAAUUUAGCUUUACAGUGAUCGUAUGCCUUAUUAACAGACUAAUAUAAGUACCUUGCACUGUGACCAAACAAAUUGUGGUAAAUCUUAGCCAUCUUGUUAUUUGCUGAAUACAAAGCUUGCAUUCAUUUUAAAGCUUUUCUGCUAGAUUUUGGUCUGUUUGAGGGUUCAGUAAUCCAAGUAAAAUACUUAAAUACAAGACAAAGGCAAUCCUUAAAUUCCCUUGUAUGUUGUCAAAGCAACGCUGAAAUAGUUGUACUUCCUUACUUAGGUUAUAUUCGAAUCAUUCACUUGGUGAACAGACUUACUUCUUGUCUGUGGUUGAUCUAUAAAGGCAGCAAAUUGUAUUUUGUCUGCAAAUGUUUGGAAGGGUGCUAGGCAAAAAUUAUAGCUUAUUAUUUACUCAUCAAAAAAUAAAUGUGACAAAACUUAUUUUGAAUCCAUGAAAGAACUGAUACAUCUUGCACUGAUCGUUAAAAGACCUCUUUAGCCUGCGGCUGUUUUUUUGUUUGUGUUUUUGUUCCGUUUUUUUGUCCAACUUGGCAGCUAUAGAGGUUCUUCAACAUUUGCAUUUACAACAGUUUUUGUACAUCUUUAAGAUAUUUCAUGGCAAACCUGUUUUGAUCAAAAUUUACUUUGUGCUGUGUUAUUCACCAAUUAAAUUGCUUUAAGAAACUUGAAUUGCAAUGGCAUGUACUG